CAGAUGCAAUUUGAGUUAGUAAAUGUCUCAGCUUUAAGAAUUAUUCUACAACAACCUUCCUGUGUUUGGAAAGAAUUUAAAAUCGAAGAUCUCAAGAUAUACAGAUCAUCCGAGUCAGGACGUCCAAAUCCCCUUCCUGCUUGGCUCACAGAUACUCCAAGUAAAUCUGGAAAGAAAAAAGUUGAGCCAACAGAGGAGGACUGGUUACCCCCACCAGUUAUCAAAAAGGAUCCUGAUGUAAUGGGGGUAACAAACCUUGAAGCACUGUCAUCAACAUUACAACAGUUAUGGGCUUUAUCUGAAGAGGUUGCAGCUCAGCAAACAAAUCGUGCACUUGGGAGAUACGAGGUAGACGGAUGUUAUGAAAUUAAUCUUUUAUCAUAUACUUAGCACAAGUGAAGAUUUGUUCCGGAAUGAUUCGAACCGUGCAGAUAUGGCCGGACAGAAGAUGCCAUGGCUAUACGGAACAUUCGUUUAUAUCUAUAUCAAAAAAGAUAUAAUUCUAUGACACACAUAAUCAUUGAAUAUAGACUGUAGUAAUCAAGCAAAAUUUCAUUAAAUAAACAGUCUUAAUAUGGAAUGAUACAGCUGUUUUAGUACAUCUGAUUAGUUCGUUUGGUUAAGAAUAAUGUUAAAUGACAUUAAUAAUGAAAUAUUAUCUGUUUAGAAAACUCUUUUAUAUGCUCUGUGGUAAUAAUAAUUGAUUGUUUUAACCUCGGGUAAAGAGCCUGCAUAAUGGUAAAGCCACACCAGGCCACAUUUCUUUAAUUGUACAAUUUUUGGCUUUUAAAUUGUAAUGUUUAUAUGUAAAUAUAUAAAUGUAUCAAAAUAUGAUAUAUACUACAUUGUUGUAUUUUUAUUUUUUAAUGGCUUAUACUAGUUAACAUGAAAAUCAUUGUUUCAAU